AAAUAUGGUAUAAUCUUCAAUAGCGUCACUAUUAUACAGUAUAUGUCUCCCACACUCACUACACACAUCAAUAGUCUCCUGGUGGUUGGACUACAGCAAAGAGUUUGGAUGAAUUUGCUUUUGAAUAAUUUUGGUGAAUAUUUAUAGUGUAAAAUCUUCAAUAAAUAUGGUAUAAUCUUCAAUAGCGUCACUAUUAUACAGUAUAUGUCUCCCAAACUCACUACACACAUCAAUAGUCUCCUGGUGGUUAGGUCCCCAACACAUUAUAUCAUAUAUUUUGCAUUUAAAAGGUCAAAUGCUUAUUUUUAAAAGCUUGGUUUUACAUUUUUAUUACCCUCUACUAUAAAACAUCAAUGUUAUUUACCCAGGAUAUUCAAAAUGCUAAAUAAUUAGUCUGAUUUUAGCACAAGUAGGCCAAAUUGUUGUGUCCCAAAUCAUGUUUGCUCAACUUCUCUAACAGAUAUAAACAAAGAAAUCAAAUUCUACAUUUUUGUCACUAUUGUAUAACCCUUUUAUUAAUAUUCCUCACCAAAUUUAAAUUGUUGUUAAUUCAAUUUUCUUGAUUUAAUUUUUUUUUAAAGUGUGUGUCCCCUGUUUUAAUGUCCCCCCUGUUACUCUGAUUUGAAUCCCUCUGGACACGCCCCUUUACUAUUCUACUAUUUGUAUGACUCAAGAAGAAGGAUACAUUUUGAGUGGGAAAAUCAUCUUCAAGAAGCAGAGUAAGUAUGCACUCUUCCUUCAACGAUUUUUUAAUGUUUUUAACGAACUUAACUAUUGCGGUAAAGCAUAACAUGUCCACCCUGUUAUGCUCAUUUUGUGUGGAAACUGAUCAAAAUGUUUACAUUUAGAAAAAAAUGUGAAUAUAUCUAUCAAAUAUCUUUCUCUGUUGUCACAAGUGCUAGCUUGAUUAUCAUCACACAUGUAGCAAUAGCCAAGUUUAGCAUGAAAUGUCCACCUUGUUACCGUCUACCCUGUUACUAUUUUUCACAGUAACAGGGUGGAAUUAUUUAAACAUAAUAUCCUGAGCUUAACCAAAACAUGUUUCUUAUACUUUAACAAGCCAUCAUUCAGAUUAAAUAAAAAAAAUUAUGUUUUUUUAUUUUUAUUAACCUAGCUGAAGUUAGUUAGUAUUUGAUCAACUGAAAUGUUACUGAAUUAAAACUACAAACAAAUGUUAUUUGUUCCUGUGAUGUAAUAUUACACAUUUUAAAAUGACAAAUGACUAUUUUUGCAAACCAAAACAAAAACCCAACUUAGUGUUACAUAUUUGAACACAGUUUUUUAUUAUAUGUGCUUCUAAAAAGUUUACUUUUUAUCUUUUUAUAUUGAGAAAAACUAUUUCGCUUUGCCUUUCCUCCUUUAGGUUAGAGGAAGUUUGAAAAUAAUGGGAAGAGUUAAAAAAGGAAAGAGGGCCCAGAGGAAGGACUUAUGGGCAAUGGCUGGUGGAAUGGAAGCAUUGGUCCGAGGACUGAAGAGUGUUCACAUUACCAAAAGAGAUACAGGACAUUCUUCAUAUAUUUGGUCGGAACUCGCUAUAAUCCUUUUUGGUCAUGAUGAUAAGAAACACCGUCAUUGGCUGUGGGUUGUAUGGACCAACAAUCGAAAAGGAUUGAGGGAUUUGAUCAAUAAACGUCAAAAAUCAUUAGAGCAGAAGGAAGUUCAGGUAAUGGAGGAAAAUCAAAACGAGAGAGAUGUUGGAGUGGAAUGUUCUGAAGACUGUCUUUCAAAGGACUUGCCUCUGAGCAUGAUUCAGCAUAAGGUAUCAGAUGAGGACAUAGACAAGAAUGAGGCAGAAGACAAACAACAAAGGAUGUCUUCUCAGAGUGGACUUGAAGAUGACCAGUUAUCAGAUGAGGACAUAGACAAGAAUGAGGCAGAAACUGAAGAACAGAAUUUGCAAAGAGGAGCACAAGAUGUCAAUAAAAACACAGGCACCAAAACACAUUGGCGGAAGUUGCCAGUAGUAUCUAAAAGGUUCGGAAUAACAGUAAAUAGAAAGAAAUGGCAAAAGAUUGUUCCUUUGACGGGUUCAAACAAACUGAGGCAACCGUGGACCGACGUGUUGUACAAGAGUUUCCGAGAGAAAAAUCCCUGUUGUACGCUUGCCUUCAAGAGUCACCACAUAAAAACUCCCAACAGCAGGAAAAUUAAAAGUCCGUACUUAAACAUCUGUGCAGUUUGUACAUUCCCUUCCUGCAGGGCCAAAUUCUUCUUUAAAAUCCAAAAUCAGCCAGUGGGAGACACCCUUGUUAAAAUAUCUGUGCUGCAAAGAGGGAAAAUGGCACACAAAGCAAAUGAGACAAAAUUCCGACCAGCAGCAAACAGAAGAAGAGGCAGAAUUGCAAGAGCCCUGCAUAAAGGAGUGAGUCAAGUAUUUUACAGUAAACUUAAAAAAACACCUGUUGCUGAACUGAUUUCAGGAAACAUAAGCCGUAGUCUGAACAAAAAUGUUCUCAAAGUGAUACGUUCAGAAGUAAGAAGAGGUAAAAGAAUCCAUGAGGAUGUUUUCAUGGAGAUGUACCUCACACAAAUGAUCAUUAAGGAAUGUGACUCAAAUUAUCGCAGGAUGCCUGGGUACAUACAGCAUUUUCAAGUUGACCCAUUUGGAGUACAUAUGUAUUCUGAAACCGGAGUAAACAUAGUUGUGCAACACCUGAGAAAGAAGAAACCGCUGACCCUAUAUCUAGAUGCUACAGGUAAUGUUGCAUCCAAAGUUCCAGGUCAGACCAAAAGAGUGCUUUAUUACUGCCUCACUCUUCCUGGAGGUGGUCAGCAAGUACCUCCCCUCCCAGUCUGUGAAAUGCUGACAAAUGAACACUCCAUUCCACCAAUCACAUUCUGGCUAAUGCAGUUCCUCCGCAAACUGUCACAGUACACUAAAAUAAAAGUACAUCAGGUAGAAACAGACUACAGCUGGGCCCUGCUCCAAAGUGUUCUCCUUUCUUUUAACAAAGAGAGCAUUGUCAGUUACUUGGACAGGGCUUUCGCUAUCUGUUCAAAGCUGAAGUCAUGGAAGGAAAUCAAAAUGUUGACAGUGCUACACAUUUGCUCUGCACACGUGCUGAAAGCUGUAGCUCAGUCAAUUGGGAGAAGGACUGCAGACAAGGGUUUGAAGGACUUUGCAACAUUUGCAUUUGCGAGGUUGCAAAAUGCUACUUCAAUGACCACAGCACUACACAUCUUCCGCUCACUGUGCACUGUGUUGAUUGGAAAGCACAAUUCCAAUGCUGUCCUGAUCCAUCUGAAAGCCAUGAAGGACUUCAUAAAAGAAUGCAGGAUUCCCAACAUGGAAGAGGGGGACAAGUUAGGAGACAGUCCCUUAACUCAGGAGGAAGAUGAUGAAGAAAGAAGAAAUGCCCACACAAUUGUUGGCAGAUCUCCCUUCACAUAUGAGUUUAGGAAGGUCAUGGAGGAGGUACAGGGAGAGCUUGAAAAAGAGGAGGUCGAAACCCCACAGGAUGAAAAUCCAUACUUUUGCCCUGGCAUUGUUGAUGUCCUUUUUGACAACUAUCUAGGGAUUUUUCCCCUUUGGAGUGGGCUGCUGUUGGGGAAUUUGAAAAGAUAUGCAACUGACACAGAGGAAGACACAUUUGGCCAAAGUAAAACAAGGGACACAAACUGCCAUGUGGAGAGAUGGUUUGGAAUAGUCAAACAUUCUAUUCUAAAAAAGCAGAGACGACUGAGGCCAGCGACAUUCAUCAGAAAGAUGUAUGGCUCUCUCCAGGGGAGGUACAGAGAACACAUAAUGGCACAUCACUUAUCUGAGCAGUUACUCCUCAAAACUUUGCUACCAAAAGACAUCAGUCAAUCGAAGGAAGGUUGGGCAAAGAGAGAUGGAGCAAAGCCUCGCACUUCCAGCUCCAAAUAUUACACCACUCCAGACAUUCUUCCAGUUCCAAAAAGAGCAAAGUUAACUCUGAACACUGGUGAAGAUAUUCAGAGCAGCACAGAUGUGGAGAACAGCAGCAACCCCACAAGUAAAGGGUCCAAGCCUGCAACAGAGGUUGAUGCCCUUUGGACAUGCAAACCAACUGAAGUUGUUGUGGCUGUUGUAAGACAUGCUGAAGAGAAGCAUAAUUUCACCCUGAGGCACAGAGAAUUUCAGAGUUUGAGACCUGACGAACUCAUCAUAGGCGAGGUAAUGGAAUGUUACAUUAGAGGCAUCCUCAACCUGAAGGAUAAUGCUGGUCGUCUAUAUCUCCUGGAUCACUACACCAUGGGUGUAAUCCUACACGGCACCCGAGAGCAGAUAGCCAGGCAAGAGCUAAAAAAGGUGACAUUUGAUCUCUAUGAUGGAGCCAUUGGAUUUGUCAAUAUAAGAAAUGUGCACUGGAAGUUUGUGUACCUCCAUGCCCUUUCAAACCACAUUUAUGUGGUUGAUCCUCUGCAAGGGUCAAAUGAAGUUGAGGACUCCAGAAAGGCUGCUUACAAAUUUGGAGAGUAUUUCAAGAUGCGCCGGAACAGACUGGGAAAAGAGGACUGGGUUAGCAUCAAAUGGCAGCCUGGAAAGAUAACCCACACCUUCCAGAAAGAUGCCACCAGUUGUGGAGCCUUUGUCAUGCAGAUGGCCAAGAUGACAGUGAAGGAAUUUCCCAAAAUUCCAAAGACGUUUCACAUCAAGUCAUCACAACAUCUACGAAGAGACAUGGCAGAAGAAAUUCUCAGAGGAUCAGUUUCAAAGGAUGACUUCUGUUCCUUCUGUGGAAUUGAGGACCUGCCCACAACUGCUGUUGAUGCUGUUUGGAUUCAGUGUGAAACUUGUGGGAGAUGGUUUCACACGCAGUGCCUCGGAAUGCCUGCUGCACGAAUACCCAAAAAGAAUACCCCGUGGUAUUGUGUUUUGUGUAUCCUCACAAACUAAAGAGGCUAGAGAUUGCCUACCCGGUUCCGACCCUGCCUGUCCCCGACCUGCCUGCUCUGCCUGCUCUGCCUGAUCCCUGAUCCUGCCUGUACCUCCGUUGACCGCCUCGCCUGCUCCCUGACCCUCUGCCCGGCCCUGACUCACCUUCUGCCCGCUGUCCUCUGGUUCGUUUGCCUGCCCAUCAUCCGGCUGAUACUGUUCUGUUAUCCCUCUGCUCUGGUAUUAUUACAAAUAAAGUUCAUUACCAAUA